AUGUUUGGUAUGCAACAAGAAGCCGAACAGUAUGGAAACGUUGAAGAAGUACAAUUAUUACAGCAACAAAUUGAUGAUUUGGAAGCAAGGGCCACUGAAUUGGAACGACGUCGUUCACAAAGUAUUCGUGGUAUUAGUUGGAUAAAUCAACGUAACAGACAGGCUAUCAAAGAUGCUAUUCUCAGUGGUCAAAUACAUGUUGAAACUUCCAGUCAAGAUGAUCCGUUCACUCGGAAGAACGCUCGAAUGAAGCCUGUCCCUGGAAGAGAUAAGAUGACUCAACAAUUAAAUAAGACAGGUGCAAAUACCAGCAAUAAUUAUGGGCAUUCUGCGGCAAGCUCGAAGUCAAUAAUUAUUGAGCUAAAUGAUCAAAAGCCAUCACCUCAGAAAGGAAAUAUCGGUGUAGGCGGAAUACGAGGCCCAAGUGGACCUGUUUCGGAUCUUUUCAAUGCUCAUAAUUUCGAUGUUGAUAUUGACAUUGCUAUACCAGCGGUAAUGACACUGUCUUCCAAUGAUCCGUCACUCAGUUCAAUGGAUGUUAAUUCAAGGCACCCUGGUCUUGGGAAUAAUCGAUCAACAAUAAGCAGAGGAUCGUCUAGACCAUUAAGUCUCGAAGAUUACAAACGUCGUAAGAAUCUUUUGUGA